GGAUGUUAUGCUUCUGCUCAAAAGUGUUGCUUAACAUUGUUUUUUGUUAUGGACUGAUAUGAAUGCAAGUAUGGAUUGUUUAGGUUUUCUGUAUGUUUUUGUUUUGGUUGCUUAAAGCUAAAUAAAACACAGAAAACUUAAAAUUAAUUUUCUUUACAAAAUUGAGAACUCACAUGAAUUUUGUUUUGCUCCUUAGGUAACUCUUACAUGAACUUGAACAAUGUCUUGAUGUUAACUGGAACAAAUUAUAGAGCUUGGCUAGACUCCGUAGAAAACUACAUGGGAAUGCAUGAAAACAUAGACUAUUGCUUCACUGAGGACAAACCUGAAGAGUUGAAUGAAAAGAGCACCAAGAAAGAUACUGACCUUUACAAGAAGUGGCAUAGAUCCAAUAGAAUGGCUAAGAACCUCAUUCGAACCUCUAUGUCUAAGACUGUCAGGGGAAGUAUUGAAGAGCCUGAGCUAGCAUCAGAUUUUCUGGAACACAUAGGUGCUAAGUUUAAAGAAAGUGAAAAAGCAGAAGCAGCUAGGCUGACUAAGGAGUUUCAUGAUUUGAAGUACAUGGGUUCAGGGGGAGUUAGAGAGCAUAUUAUGAAGAUGAUCAAUAUAAAUGGCAGACUUAGGGAACUCUUGAUGGGGGUUAGGGAUGAGCAGGUAGUGCAUUAUGCACUACAUUCCUUGCCGAACAGUUUUAGUCAUCUUAGGACCAGUUACAACUCUCAAAAGGGAAACUGGACUCUAGAUGAACUUAUAUCCAUCUGUGUGGAUGAGGAAUCUAGGAUCAAGGAAGAAAAGGAACCUGCUACGACCAUUAACCUUAUUGAGAAGCCUAAAAGGAAAAAGCCCCAGAAUAAGCUCAAGCCUAUCAAAGCCAUAACUAAGAGUUCAACAAACAAGAUGUAA